UAGAUUUAAGGAAAACCUCAGGGGGGUUUCUGUAAAUUAAUAUUUCUAAGCAUUUGUUUAUAAAAAGAAGCAGCUAGGGUUUUAGACAUUUUGUGAGCUUAGCAGCAGCCAUCCACAGCAUUCGCCGCGCGGCAGCAGUCUCAGGUGGGGAAGAAUGUCUCACAGAAAGUUUGAACACCCAAGGCAUGGUUCCCUUGGAUUUCUUCCCAGGAAGCGAGCUUCUCGUCACAGAGGGAAAGUGAAGGCAUUUCCGAAGGAUGACCCAAGCAAACCUUGCAAGCUCACUGCCUUUUUGGGUUACAAGGCUGGAAUGACGCACAUUGUUCGAGAGGUCGAAAAGCCCGGAUCAAAGCUUCACAAGAAAGAGACGUGUGAAGCUGUCACGAUCAUUGAAACCCCUCCUAUGGUGAUUGUUGGUGUUGUUGGAUAUGUCAAGACACCUCGUGGUCUCCGCAGCUUGAACACUGUAUGGGCUCAGCAUCUGAGUGAGGAGGUCAAGCGUAGGUUCUACAAGCACUGGUGCAAGUCCAAGAAGAAGGCUUUCACCAAGUACUCAAAGCAGUACGAGAGUGGAGAAGGGAAGAAGGGUAUUGAGGCUCAAUUGGAAAAGAUUAAGAAAUAUGCUACUGUUAUCAGGGUUUUGGCGCACACUCAGAUUAGAAAAAUGAAGGGAUUGAAGCAGAAGAAAGCACACCUAAUGGAAAUCCAAGUUAAUGGUGGAACAAUCGCUGACAAGGUGGAUUUUGCUUACAAGUUCUUUGAGAAGCAAGUCCCCAUCGAUGCCGUUUUCCAGAAGGAUGAAAUGAUUGAUAUCAUUGGUGUCACUAAGGGUAAAGGUUAUGAAGGUGUUGUCACUCGUUGGGGUGUCACACGUCUUCCCCGUAAAACCCACAGGGGUCUGCGUAAGGUUGCUUGUAUUGGUGCCUGGCAUCCAGCUAGAGUCUCCUUUACAGUUGCCAGGGCAGGUCAGAAUGGAUACCAUCAUCGUACUGAAAUGAACAAGAAGGUUUACCGGGUUGGAAAAGUUGGCGAUGAGACCCACUCUGCCAUUACAGACUAUGAUAGGACCGAGAAAGAUAUCACCCCCAUAGGUGGCUUCCCUCACUAUGGUGUUGUGAAGAGUGAUUAUCUGAUGAUCAAAGGGGGCUGUGUUGGACCUAAGAAGAGGGUAGUUACUCUUCGCCAGAGUCUGAUUAACCAGACGUCUCGUGUGGCGCUGGAGGAAAUCAAACUCAAGUUCAUAGACACCUCCUCGAAGUUUGGGCACGGACGUUUCCAGACAACACAAGAAAAACAGAAAUUCUAUGGCCGGCUCAAAGCAUAAAUUUGCAAACUGGUGGAGUUUUGACUAUCAUAUGAUUUAGGUUCUGUUAUUCCCUGAGAAUAAUUUUAUUUAGUUUUGAAAUGCAAUGCACCAGUUGGAUUAAUUUUGCUUUA